AUGUCUAAAGUAGCCGUUAUUGCCGGAACCGGGAGCCACCUCGGACUAAACAUCGCCUACCGGCUCCUCGAGACUCUCCCGCCCGCAACUCACCUCACGCUCGUGGUGACGUCGCGCACGUUGCCGAAGGUCAAGGACGUGAUUAGCACCAUCAAGGCGCACGCAGCCAAGACCCACCGCCCUGGAGUACUCGAGUUUGACUACCUCUUGCUCGACCUCACCAACAUGGUGUCGGUGCUCGCGGCCGCACACGAUCUCCAGCAGCGCUACGCGCAGAUCGACUACUUCUUCGUGAACGCCGCGCAGGGCGUAUAUGAUGGGAUUGACUGGCUUGGUGCGUGCCGCGAGAUCUGUGCGAAUCCGAUCGCAGGCGUCACGCAACCCAUGUACAAAAUCCAAAGGGUCGGGGUCACGACACCCGACGGGAUGGGCCUCGUCUUCCAGGCUAACGUUUUUGGCCCAUACUAUCUCUUGCACAAAAUCAAGCCGUUGCUUACCAGGGCGUGUGGCCGCAUUAUUUGGGUGUCUUCGGUAAUGUCGCUUCCGAAGUACCUCUCGUUUAAUGACUUGGAGUUGAUCCGGAGUCCGGUGUCCUACGAGGGCUCCAAGCGCCUCAUCGAUUUGUUGCACCUCGCGUCGUAUGACAGGCUCUUGAAGGAGGAUAAAAUCACGCAGUAUGUGACCCAUCCGGGGAUCUUCGUCUCGAUGUCGUUUGGGAAGUUUCUCAACGUUUUCACAUACUACGGCAUGUUGUUGAUGUUUUAUCUUGCGAGGUGGUACGGCUCGCCGUGGCACUGUAUCUCGGGGUAUACGUCCGCAAACGCCGUGAUCUACGCCGCGUUUGCCGAGCCAAAGACCGACUUGCAGAGUAUUAAGUACGGCAGCGCGUGUCGCCGUGGGGGGAGCGAGUACGUUUUACGGAGUGAGAUUGAGGGAACAGGGAAGGAUGAUGUGUUGGCGUACUUUGAGAAGUUGACGGCGAAGUGGGAUGAGAAAUUGAAGGAUCAGAUUGUGGAGACAAGAUUACCAUAG